AUGGUAGAACAUGGCCUUUUUCCUACAAUUUUCAAUUUGGCAACAAAUGCGCUGAUAAAAUCUGAUGCGACAUGUGGGCAGCAUCAUCGAGAAAUUUAUUGCAAAUUAGUAGAACACGUCUUCAAUAGGCAACCUCAAUGUGAUGUAUGUGACGCAAAUGACGUCAAAAAACGUCAUCCAAUUGAGUUCGCAAUUGAUGGUACUCGCCGUUGGUGGCAAAGUCCAUCAUUAGCGAAUGGACUUGAAUACGAACGGGUCAAUAUUACAAUUGACCUGCGACAGGAAUACCAAGUGGCGUACGUGAUUGUGAAAAGUGCGAUUGCUCCACGUCCUGGGACUUGGGUACUGGAAAAAUCUCUCGAUGGCGUUACUUACCAACCAUGGCAAUAUUACGCUGUUAGUGAUGCAGAAUGCAUGCGACAGUUUGGUAUACCUGCAACCAUUGGUGUUCCAAGAUUUACACGUGAUGAUGAGGUAAUUUGCACAUCAUACUAUUCAAAACUUGAUCCACUUGAAAAUGGUGAAAUUUAUACAUCGCUCGUUAAUGGAAGACCAACUGCUGAAGCCGCAUCUGAAACUUUGCAGCAGUUCACACGAGCUCGAUACGUACGCUUACGUCUGAUGAGUUUAAGAACAUUAAAUGCCGAUUUAAUGAUUAUCAAUCGUCGUCAUAAGAGUCAUAGAUUAGAUCACUCAGUUACAAGACGUUACUUUUAUGCUCUUAAAGAUAUCAGUAUCGGUGGUCAGUGCAUCUGUCAUGGACAUGCUGAGAGUUGUCGACCUGACCCAGUGACUGGACAGUCACGCUGUGAGUGCCGCCAUAACACGUGUGGUGAAUCUUGCGGUCAGUGUUGUCCACUCUUUAAUCAACUUCCGUGGCGUCAAGGAACACAGUCCGAUCCUCAUAUAUGUCAACCUUGUCAGUGUUUCAACCACGCGACUCACUGUGAAUACGAUGAAGAAGUGGAACGUUUGGGUUUAAGCGUCUCUCCAGAGGGCAUCUUUGAAGGUGGUGGAAGAUGUAUUCAGUGUCAGCAUAAUACUGAUGGAAUAAAUUGUGAGCGCUGUAAAUGGACGUACUUUCGACCUUCGGGUGUCACGCAUUACCGCGAAGAUGCAUGUCAACCAUGUGAUUGCGACUCUAUCGGUUCCGAACAUAACAACUGUGUUCGAGAUGAGACAAGUGCUGUUGGAGAUCAGAAACCAGGCGAUUGCAUCUGCAAGCCAGGAUUUGGUGGUCGGCGCUGUGAUGUAUGUGCUUCUGGGCAUCGCAACCAUCCAACGUGUGAACCGUGUCCAUGCAGUCGUUCAGGUUCACUCAACUUUGAUUCUUGCGAAGAAGAGAGUUGCAUUUGUAAAGCCAAUGUUGAAGGUCUUUUUUGUGAUCGAUGCAAGAAAGGUACAAUCAAUUUGGAUGUAAAAAAUCCAGAUGGUUGCCAGCCGUGUUUCUGUUUUGGUCUCAGUAAAGAAUGUCAUGAAAAGCAGUGGAGUCGAGGACAGAUUAAAAGCAGUAAAGGUUGGAUGCUUACUGAUUUACUAGGGGAAAAAGUUGAAGAACCAAAAUUAGAAGCUGAAGGAGUACUUAUGUACAAUAGUAACGAAGAGAAAAGCAAGAAGCUAGUCUACUGGAAAGCACCAAAAGAAUUGAAUGGAAAUUUGCUAAACAGUUAUGGUGGAUACUUGCAAUAUUAUGUAUAUUUUGUACCAAUGGAUGAUAAGAAAGGCAGUACACCUAUUGCUGAUUUUAUUAUAGAAGGAAAUGGGGUGAAAUUGGAGUACCACAGCGAGCAAGAUUUCUUUCCGAGGGAAAAUAUUAGCAUACAAAUACCAAUGAAAGAAGGUAAAGGAUGGUAUAAUUCUUAUAUGCGCACUAGUGUUGAUAAGCUGGAUAUGAUGCGAGCUUUAGCUGAUGUUAAUACAAUGAUGGUCCGCGCUUUGUACAGUGAGGACCAAAUACAGUCAAGCAUUUAUGGGAUGACAUUAGAUACAGCAGUAGAAGCUAAAAGUGAAAUGGAGAGCAACUUAAACAGUACUUCAGCAGUUGCUCAAUUUUCUGAUGUGCUCAUGCGAGGUGUUGAAGUGUGUGAAUGUCCUGAAUACUAUGCUGGUAAUAGUUGUGAGCGAUGCAUUUCUGGAUAUAGGAGAGUAAAUAAUCAGUUGUAUGAUGGACAUUGCGAGAAAUGCAAUUGUGAAGGACACUCAGAUGAGUGUGAUCCGUUCACAGGUGAUUGUAUCAACUGUCAACACAAUACAACUGGUCGUCGAUGUCACUUGUGCUUGUCUGGACACUAUGGAAAUCCUUCAUUAGGAUCUGAACUAGGACAAUGUCAUCCAUGUGCUUGUCCAACAAUUGAAAAUAAUCAUUCAUCACAAUGUACUUUAACUCAAUUAGUAGUUGGCACAGCAGCCGCUUACGGGGAAGACUCUUACGUGUGUACAGCUUGUGAGCAAGGCUAUGAUGGCAAUAAAUGCGAAAUUUGCGCUGAUGGCUUCUACGGAAAUCCUCUGGCGAAGAAUGGAAGCUGUGAGUUAUGUGAUUGCAGUGGUAACAUUGACCCAAUGGCAAUUGGAAAUUGUGAUCGAGAAACGGGCAAAUGUCUGAAAUGCAUUUAUAACACAGCAGGAGAACACUGCGAAGAAUGUAAAGAGAAUCAUUGGGGGGAUCCUAUGGAUAAGUCAUGCCGCCCUUGUGGAUGUCAUUUAAAGGGUGCACAAUCAGCCAUUUGCAACAUAUCUACCGGUGCUUGCCAAUGUCAUGAAAACUAUGUUGGCAUGCAGUGUGAUCGCUGCAAGGAUGGACACGGUGACAUCGACAAUAUGUGUCCUCCUUGUAAUUGUAACAUGACAGGUUCUUUCAGCAGCCAAUGUGAUGAAGUAUCUGGUCAAUGUGCUUGCAAGAUGGGAGUGUUUGGGAAGCAGUGCAGUAUGUGCCGCGCGAGUUAUUUUAAUUUCUCCGAAAAUGGUUGCCAAUUUUGUCACUGCAAUGCAUUUGGUGCUGUAGAUGAUGGCCGAUGUGAUAAUAUCACCGGAAAAUGUGAAUGUCGUCAAAAUGUUGAUGGAAAAAUGUGUGAAAAAUGUAUGGAUGGUUACUUUAACAUCUCAAGCGGAAAUGGUUGUCUGGAAUGUGGUUGCGAUCCAUUGGGUUCAGAAGGCAUUCAUUGCGAUACAGAUACUGGCCAGUGCAUUUGUAAGUUUGGAGUAACGGGUCUUAAGUGUGAUAAAUGUAGUCCAAAUCAUUUUGGGUUAGAUUCAACAGGUUGUAAAGAAUGCCGUGAAUGUCCAGCACCUGGUCAUGUGUGUGAUCCGAUUGAUGGGGAAUGUGUUUGUCCACCAAAUACAGUUGGUGAAAUGUGUGAGAACUGUAGUCUAAGUUCAUGGAAUUACGACGCAUUGAAAGGUUGUAUACCAUGUGAGUGUUCCGAUAUUGGAGCAGAUGGUCCUAACUGCAAUCCCGAAAAUGGGCAGUGCCAAUGUAGAACUGGUUUUGUCGGCCUAAAGUGUGAUCAGUGUAUCCAUGGUUAUUUCAAUUUCCCAAAAUGUAAACCUUGUAAUUGUGACCGUGCAGGGACUGACCCCUUUACAUGCAAGGAUAAUUCUUGUAUAUGCGAUGACCAAGGACAAUGCACCUGCAAGAAAAAUGUAAAAGGAUUGAAAUGCGAUAGUUGUGACGCUUAUAGCUUUAGCUUAGAUGAAAGUAAUGAAUUCGGUUGCACGGAUUGCUUUUGCUUUAAUCGUACUAAUUUUUGCGUGCAAGGAAGCUUUAUCUGGCAGCAAAUUUAUGCUUCAGACCGUCAGGUUACUUUCUCAGAGCCGUGGGAAUAUUAUGCUCGUAGAUAUAACGUGAACGUACUGAAAGAAUAUCCAGCAACAUAUAACAGUUAUCCAACAGAUAUCACACCACUUUAUUGGCCACUUCCACGUAGUUUCUUAGGUGAUCGUACGACAUCUUACAAUGGUUUUAUCCGUUUUUCUAUCAAAAAUGAUGAUAAUCGUCGCAAAAUACAAAAUGUCUUACCUGAUGUGAAACACUUCCGUUUUUUCCCUCAAGUUGGUAAUCAUCGCAUAAUUUUGGAACAUUUACCUCAAGAAGUGAACCAAAUGGGCCGUUAUAAAGUUCGAUUGCAUGAAAGUCAAUGGCGUUCUCGAUUAAGUCCUGAAGUUCCCGUGACACGUAAACAACUAAUGAUUGCUUUGCAAAAUCUGCAAGCCAUUUACAUUAGAGCAACCUAUAAUUAUCCAUUCACCGGUGACACAGCAUCCCUUCACGAGACAAGUAUGGAUGUUGCAGUGUGGGAAAAUGCUACUGAUGCAAUGAGUAAAAUGGCAAUUGGCGUAGAACAAUGUGAGUGUCCUCAAGGUUAUUCUGGGAAUUCCUGUCAAGAUCCCGCGGAGGGCUACUGCCGGAAGAGACAACCGGAUUUCCUAAAUAGUGUCGAUGAUUUAGCUUUAGUUGGGGGACCACAGCCAUGUGCAUGUAAUGGACAUUCCUCAACUUGCGAAGCGGAAACUUGUCGAUGCACUAACUGCGAGCACAAUACCUAUGGUGAUUAUUGUGAGCUUUGCAAGCCAGGAUAUUACGGAGAUGCAUUAGUGGGUGAUAUAAAUGGAUGUUCAAAGUGUGCUUGUCCAUUGCUCGAAAAUAGCUUCAGCGACACGUGCGUAGGUACAAAUCAAGGACGUGGAUAUAUUUGUGAUGCUUGCAAACUAGGAUAUACUGGCGUAUACUGUGAAACUUGCUCUACAGGUUAUUACGGUGACCCCAAUGAAGUAAAUGGUACAUGUGAAGAAUGUGCAUGUCAUGAAUACGGCUCCGUUCAUGGAAAAUGUCAUCCGGUAACAGGACAAUGUGAAUGCCAACAAGGUGUAACUGGUCGGGAUUGUUCUCUGUGCAAAGCUCGACAUGCAUUUAUUCAAGGCGUUUGUACUUCAUGUGAUCAAGGUUGUACUGUUGAUCUGAUGAACGAUAUAGAUGAAUUGGAAAUAAUUAUGGCAGAACAGAACUUUACAAAUUUACGACCAGUUCCAUGGAAACGUGUUGCCAGAAUCAGUAAUACUACAAAAAAUUUGCGUUUUAUCGUUGAUUCAGAAUAUGCGGAAGGAAGUGUGGAGGACAAAGAUGCAUCUAAGGCUAAGAUAGGCGUAGAAGAUGAUUUUUUAAGCGAAAUAAAUGCAUUGUUGGAACAAACAACAUUUCUACACGAAAGAAGUAAUAAAUCGAAAAGUGCGGUUCAAGCACUAAUUACGAAAACAGAUAAAUUAUCAAACAAAAUUCAAGAAAAAGAUAAAAUAAUUCGGGAAGUUGCUGAUCAGCUUCGACAUUAUAUAGCAUAUGGAUUUGGCAAGCAAGAUAGUAAACAGAUCAGUAUUUGGAUCAACGACUCAAAUAAUUUGCUGAAAGCUGUGAAAGAUCGCGGAGUGUACAUUGAAAAACGUUAUAAUCGUGGAAAUACUGAUUCAGAGAAAGCUCAAGAUUUGUUGAAAUUAAUCACUUCACACGCGUUAAACGAUACAUCCUUUGUGGAAUUACGUGAACGUUUAAACGAUUUCACCCAAUGGCUUGAUGAUUAUCGAGAUACUAUUUGGGAUAGUGCUCGUCAAGAUACUAUUUCUGCGGAUAAAAUUUCAGCUGUUGUGGCAAAACGAGUGGAUCGCUUUAAUGCAGUAAAAGCUAAUAUCACCGAAUUGCUAGGCAAGGCAGCAGAUGAAUUGAGUGAAGCAGAAAAUGAAGUGGCUGUAGCCAAAACUGAAAAAAUCUUGAAUAUAUUUGAUGAUUUCAAGUAUAUCAAUGAAACAUUAUUACCACAAUUGCAUGAAAUAACGGGUAGGUGUCGUGCAGAAGCAGACAAAUAUGGACAAUUACUGGAUGAAUAUCAUAGGGAGUAUGUUGAAGCUAGUGAACAUCACGCAAGUGAACUUGACGAAGAAGCGAUCAAACUCAGAAACUCUUUUGCUGAUACCAAAAACGCAGCAGCUGAUCCACUUCGAGCAUCUAACGCUUACAAAGAAAUAGCAGAAGCUUUACGAAAUGCAAGUAAAGCAGCAGAAGAAGCAAAGAAAGCUGCAGAAUUUGCAUACGUAGAUGCUGAUCCCAAAUCAGAAACAUCGAUGGUUAAUGAAGCAAUACUAGCUAAAAAUGGUAGUAUCAGUAUUGAGCAUGAAUCUAAUGAACUGAGCCUGAAGGAAUUGCAGAAGCAACAUUCUGAUGCAAAAAUGGCAAUAACCAGGCUAAAUGAAACAUUGCAGAAUGCUUUAAAACGAAAACUAGCAAUAAGUGAGCAGUAUCAGACGUUUGAUGAUCAACAUGAUCGAAUGAUGGGUUUGAUGAGUGUAGCUGAAGAUUCCGAGAAACGAUCCAAAGCAGUUCAUCAAAGCAUACAGCAAAUAUUUACCGAAGUUAAUGCCAUGAAUGAUGCUGUAUCAAAAGUUAAAGGUUUCGCUGGUGAAGGCAUUCGAAAUAUUACUGAUGAUGUGCGUGAAGCUAAUCGAGGAGCGCAAGAAGCUAUGAAAAAAGUCUCUGAAGUAAAAAAGCAAACUGAUGGAGAUUCGAAACGAAUCAGUAUUCUGGGUGAACAGAUUAAAUUACUUCAAGAAAAAAUCAAAGAAGCACGAGAGAAGGCAUCUCGAAUUCGAAUUUCGAUGAAAUCUGAUGAAGAGGGCACCUGUCAUCGAGCAUUUGUCUCUCCUGCACAGAUGGCACCAUCAAAUGUUUUUACUAUCAAGUAUCGUCCAUUGCGUGAUGUACCUGAUUCUUUAUUAUUUUUAAUGAAAACAAAAGCCAAACGUACACAACAGUCAGAAUACAUUACUAUGGAAUUACGGAAUCGCCGUAUUGUUGUCCAGUGGGACAUCGGUGCAGGAAUUCGAAUGGCUACCAAUACACAUACCAUUAAUUACAUUGCACCAAGUGAUCGUACCUCCUGGUAUCACAUUAUGCUAAAAAGAUUUGGAAAUUCAGUAACGUUGACCGUAUCACUCAAACAUACAAUAAGUGGUGAGGGUGAGCGAACAAUUGGUGAGCCAACUACUGUUGUAGUAGGUCAACCUGAUGAAUCUGAUAAUGUUAUCUUCAACACUGUGCCAGGUGAAACACUGAUACAAUUCGGUGUUGACGAAGAACUUUCAAAAGAACUUGGGCUAGCCACCAAUAAAUUCUUUGGUACUAUUGGCGAAUUUACGGUUGACGGAGAAAGUUUGCCACUUUGGGCAUUUGCGAAAAGUAGCAGAACUUGUGAGGGGGAUUUCGCGGCACCUGAAAGUCAGGCUCUUGGAUAUAUGUUCCGCAAUGGUUUUGCUCAGGUUCGACUGCCCUCUUCAGAAAGACCAAGUGGUGCGCAAGUUUCUGUGAUUUUCUCAGCUUACUCACCUGAUGGCUUGCUGUAUUUCCGAGGCAGUCAAAUGAAUGGUGACUUCAUCAGUUUAGAGCUUCGGGAAGGACAUGUUCUCUUCAAGAUUAAUUUGGGAAAUGAAUCAUAUGCAAUGGUCAAAUCAAAAAAAUCAACAUAUGCUGAUGGACGUUCACAUACAAUACGUGCCAUAAGAAAUUAUGAUAAAAUCCAUCUACAAGUUGACAGUGAAAGUGAUCGUUCCUUAGAGAUAAUACCAGGUCAAAAUACAAUGCUAAAUAUCAAUGGUGACGAUCAUUUUGUUGGUGGCAUACCGCCAGAUUUCAAUGUUACGUCUUUCCGACGAUUUCAUAUUCAUUGGAGUGGAUUUUUCGGUUGCAUUCAAUCUGUUCGGCCUUCUCAGGUAGCAGAACUGGAUCUUGAUAAUCCCAUUCGUUCGCAGCGUAAAUUACGAGGAUGCAUGUUUAACAGUGAUGAAAGGUUAGAGCCAACUGAUCGAGUUGUUGGAUUCAUUCAUCCAGGCUAUCUAGUACUUCGUGGUAUACAACUUACGGAUAAUUCUAUAUUAGCAUUUGCAUUUCGAACAAAAACUGCAAAUGCUACAUUAUUGUUCCAGUCAAGCGAGCUGAAAGCACCUCAAAAACUUCGUAAAAUCAGACAUUCCGAUGGAAUCGGUUACUUGGCAUUUUAUCUUUAUCGUGGCUACUUGGUAGUUCAUUUCGGUACCGAUUCGUCCCAAAAAAGUAAGGUGCUUACUUUAAGAUCAGAAACAACAUAUAACGAUGGACAACUGCACUCUGUUUUCUUUACUCGUUUUGAAACCUUAGUUCGACUUCGAGUUGAUGACCGAGAAGUAGCUUCUGGUACACUCGGAGAUCAGAAUGUAAUCGGAAGCAUAUCAUCACAGCUUUUUAUUGGUGGAUUUCCGGAUCGCGUAAAGCCAUCAGCUAAUGAAAUGCCUGUUGCAGAGCCUAUGAUUGGAUGUGUAGCGAAUAUUUUUGUCGAUUUUCAACUUGUUUCAAUAAUUCCUGAAAUGCACAAGGCUUUAAUUGGCAUUUGUCCAGUAGAACAAAUUUUCUCAUCUCAAAAAUCAGAGCAUGCAGUGCAUUCAGAAGCACUACAAGAAUACGAAGAAAAUGUUUUCAAUCAGAAAGCGUCAAAACUUGCUUUGCACCACAGUGAACCAACACUUGCCAUCUUAAAAGAUCGUUUGCAUGCAGAUGGUUUAGAAUCCACAAAAGAAGCUAUGGAAGAUGAGAAAAAAGAAGUGAAUAAAGCGGAAGAAUCUGAAGCUUCUACUUUCACUAUAAGUCGGACUACCAUUGAAUCAACAGUCAAAAAUACCAGCCUUUCUAAUUUCGAUGAUAACUCAGAUUUCGAUCCGAAAAAGUGUGGUACAAAUCGUUUAGCUGAGCAAGAUGGAGAAAAUGCAGUGCAAUACGGGCUCGCUGAAGCAAGUCAUUCUAGACUCAUUUUCGAGAGUGAUUAUCCAGACGUGAACCAAUUCAAACUUGCAUUUUCAUUCCGCACUAUGUUAUCAAACGGAAUGCUAUGGAUUUGGGCUAAUUAUAAUAAUUACACACGUUAUUUUCAAUUAAACAUAAUCAACGGAUUGUUGCAGUUUGAGGCUCGAGGACGUAAUGAGCCGAAAAUAAUGAUAUAUAAAUCAGCUAAAUUGAAUGAUGGAAAAUGGCAUAGUGUGAAUGUGUUAAAGCAAGAACAAGAAAUUCUUGUAAAGGUUGAUCGUAAUGCAGCACAGUACAUGAAAGAUGCACCAAAUCCAAAAGUGAUGCGUAAACGGAUGUAUGUUGGAGGGGUAAUUUCACGACAUCGUAAACAAUUUAACUUGACAGUUCCACCAUUUUCAGGAUGCAUCAGAAACUUUGAGGUAAACAAUAUUCAACGAGAUUUGUUAGAAAAAAGUCGUGAUGUAUUGCCAUGCACAGUUAGUUCCACUUCAGCAUAUGUUCAUGAAGGCGGAUAUAUGAUUUUUGGGUCGUUAAAAACUGCUAGUCAGCGUGAAAGUAUUCAUAUUUCUGUGCAAGUUCGUCCUGCUGUGGGAGAUGGCCUCAUUUUCGGUCUAAUGACUACUAAAGAUUCAGAAAAUGCUCGAAUUUCGAUCUAUCUUAAAAAUGGCUUUGUGACUUUUGAACUUGUUUACGAUGAUGAACGUCAUGAUUUGAGAUAUAUUUCUAAGCAAGAUUUAUGUGAUGGUAAUUGGCACAAUAUUUCACUUACCAUAUCACACUCGCAUGUAGUUAUUAUCACUAUAGAUACGCACCGAGAGCGUUUAUUUUCGAAAGCGAGUUCUGAAUCUGUGGAGUUUUUCAGAAGUUUGCCAAUAUACAUCGGUGGAGUUACAGCUCCAUCAACGUCAAAAACUGGAGUAUUGUCACUGAUUGGUUGUUAUCGGAAUCUUCAAAUGUACGGAAAAUCGAUAGCCCUCAGAAAUGCCAAAAAAUUGAACAAAGUUCUCCUCAAUAGUUGCCCAUUUAUGGAUUAA